AUGACAAUAUUAAAGUUAAUCGAAUUAGAAAACUUUAAAUCAUACAAAGGAAAACAAAUAAUAGGUCCGUUAAAAUCGUUUACAGCAAUAAUUGGUCCCAAUGGUUCAGGGAAAUCGAAUUUAAUGGAUGCUAUCAGUUUUGUUAUGGGCGAAAAAACGACUAGUCUUAGAGUUAAGAGAUUGAGUGAUCUUAUACAUGGAGCAUCAAUUAAUCAGCCUGUUUCUAAAACGGCUUCCGUGACAGCUGUUUUCGAAUUAAAUGAUGGAAAUUUAAAAUAUUUCACUAGAAUGGUAAACGGUUCUUCGUCAGAACAUUAUAUUGAUAAAGAACUUGUUACUAAUAUGAAAUACAUGUCAGAAUUAGAACUUCUUGGUAUUAACGUAAAAGCAAAAAAUUUUUUAGUUUUCCAAGGAGCUGUUGAAAAUAUUGCUAUGAAAAAUCCUAAAGAAAGAACUUAUUUAUUCGAAGAAAUUAGUGGUUCAGGUGCAUUAAAAGAAGAAUAUGAUAGAUUAAGAACGCAAAUGUUGCAAGCAGAAGAAGAAACACAGUGUACAUACCUUAAAAAAAAAGGAAUAACAGCUGAAAGAAAAGAAGCUAAGGCUGAAAAAGAAGAAGCUGAAAAAUAUCAAAAGCUAACCGAAGAACUCGGAGAAAAACAAUUGGAACUUCAACUUUUUAGAUUAUAUCACAAUGAGCAAGAAAUUAAUAGAUUGGAAACAGAACUGCAGAGAAAACAAAAAGAAGUAGACAAAGUUGAAAAAAAGAAAGCCAAAGCUGAAGAAGCUUUAAAAGAUAAGAAAAAAGAACAUGGAAAACUAACUAGAGAACAAGCUCACAGUGAUCAGCUUGUAAGAGAAAAAGAAACUGAAAUUAAUAAAAUGAGACCUAAAUUAAUCAAAUCAAAAGAACAGGUUGAACAUAUGAAAAAAAAAUUGGAAUCGGCAAAAAAAUCUUUGACACAAGCCAAAAAAGCUCAUGAGGCACACACUAACGAUAUAAGAGAAUUAGAAUUAGAAUUGGAAAAAGUUGAAGAAAUGAGAAAAGAAUUUGAGGAAAUGGUAGCAGGAGAGUCUCAAAGUCAAGGAAGAGAUGUUCACUUGCAGGAUGCACAAGUUAAACAAUAUCAUUUAUUAAAAGAAGAAGCUGGUAAAAGGUCUGCCAUGUAUUUGCAAGAAUUAGAUUCAGUCAAUCGUGAACAAAAAUCAGAUCAAGAUAGAUUGGACAAUGAAAGUAGGAAAAAAAAUGAAAUUGAAAGCAUGAUUAGGCAAAAAGGAAAUGAAAAAGAUGAAGCUAUAAAAAGAAUUGAAAAAUUAAAUGAGCAUAUAAGAAAAAAUGAAUUAUCUUUAGAAGAAAAUAUAAAAAUUCAAAGUCAAUUGGAGAAAGAUGUGGGUUCAUCGAGGGGGAGAGUCGAUGAUUUACAAAGAGAGUUAGAAAGUGUGAUCGAACAGUUAGGUGAUGCCAGAGUAGACAAACAUGAAGAUUCCAGAAGGAGGAAAAAACAGGAAAUUGUUGAAAAUUUCAAAAGGCAAUUUCCCGGAGUUUUCGAUCGUAUGAUCAACAUGUGUCAGCCUAUUCAUAAAAGAUACAACGUUGCCAUUACUAAAGUUUUGGGUAAAUACAUGGAAGCCAUUGUUGUGGAUACGGAAAAAACAGCACGGCAAUGCAUUCAAUAUUUAAAAGAUCAAAUGUUAGAACCGGAAACAUUUCUUCCCUUGGAUUACAUUCAAGCCAAACCCUUAAAAGAAAGGUUGAGAACCAUAAAAGAACCGCGAAACGUUAGACUUUUGUAUGAUGUCCUUCAAUUUAACGAAGAAAUUAACAAAGCCGUAUUGUUUGCCACAAAUAACGCAUUAGUUUGCGAAACUCCAGAAGAUGCCAUGAAAGUGGCUUACGAAUUAGACAGGCAAAGAUACGAUGCUGUCGCUUUGGACGGUACGUACUACACAAAAUCAGGUUUAAUAUCGGGAGGUUCUCUUGAUUUAGCUCGUAAAGCCAAACGUUGGGAUGAAAAGCAAAUGUCUCAGUUGAAAGCUCAAAAAGACAAACUCCAAGAAGAGAUAAGAGAUUUGCAAAAGAAAUCUCGAAAGGAAUCAGAAUUGAACACGCUUCAAUCUUCGAUUGCCGGUUUGCAAACCCGAUUGAAAUAUUCUCACAGCGACAAAGAAACGACUCAACAAACGCUCGAACAAUUGGAAAAAGAAUUGGCGAGACUUGAAGAAAAGCGUAAUAAUUUCGAGCCCAACAUAGUGAUCAUAGAGCAAAGAAUGGCAGAAAGAAACAAGGAAAUUGAGAACAUCAAAGAAAACAUGAAUAACGUCGAAGAUGUCGUUUUCCAAAAUUUUUGCGUACAAAUCGGAGUCGCAAACAUUCGUCAGUACGAAGAAAGAGAAUUGAGAACUCAAAACGAAAGACUAAAGAAGAGGCACGAGUUCGAAUCUCAGAAAAACAGGAUAACGAGUCAAUUGGAAUUCGAACAAACUCGAGACACGAAAACGAACGUUUUGAGAUGGGAAAGAGCCGUCCAAGACGAAGAUGAUAAUUUGGAAAGGGAAAAAGCGGCAAUGGAAAGAUUGAAAAAAGAAAUAGAUACAUUAUUAAACGAAUGUGAUAAAUUGAAAAACGAGGGAAGACUGAAAAAAUCCGAAGUCGAUAAAAUCGAUGAAGAGAUAGCAAACGCAAGGCGAGAAGUCGGAGUCAUCGCGAAAGAAAUACUCCAAGUGCAAAAACAAGUGACGUCUUUGGAGAGUAAAAUAGAACAGAGGAGAAGCGAAAGGCAUAGCAUUCUCACUCAUUGCAAAAUGGAAGACAUUGGAAUUCCGAUGUUGCACGGAAACAUGGAGGACAUAUCGAGCAUAGAGGCAAACGAAAGUUCGUCCGGAAACGAUGCUAGUUUAAGCACUCAACAAGUUUACGAACAGGAAAAACGAAUACAAAUCGAUUACAAUCAAUUGCGUGACGAUUUGCGUGAGUUGGAAGAACCGGACGAAGUGAAAAGAAUGAUAGACAAACUUCAGAAAACGAUAAACGAACAGCAAAAUUUGAUACAAAGAAUUCAAGCACCGAACAUGAAAGCAAUGCAAAAAUUGGACGCGGCGAGAAACAAAUUGCAAGAGACGAACGAAGAAUUCGAAAACGCUCGUAAGAAGGCGAGGCAAGCAAAGCAAAAAUUCGACAGGAUAAAAAAAGAAAGACAUACAAAGUUCAUAAAUUGUUUCGAUCACGUUGCCAACGUCAUAGACAACAUAUACAAAGCUUUGGCACAAAAUCAAUCCGCUCAAGCGUUCCUGGGACCGGAAAAUCCGGAAGAACCUUAUUUGGACGGAAUAAAUUACAAUUGCGUGGCACCGGGAAAACGAUUUCAACCCAUGUCGAACCUAUCGGGAGGAGAAAAAACGGUUGCCGCUCUCGCUUUGCUUUUCGCCAUUCACAGCUAUCAGCCGGCACCUUUUUUCGUACUGGACGAAAUAGAUGCAGCUUUGGACAACACGAACAUUGGAAAAGUCGCGAGUUACAUAUGUAGGAAAAGCAGAAUAGAAAGGAGUUUGCACUACGACAUGCAGAGAGAAUACGAGGACAACACGUCUCUACAAACGAUCGUCAUAUCACUCAAAGAAGAAUUUUAUUCUCACGCUGAUGCCCUCAUUGGAAUUUGUCCAGAUCCUGGAGAUUGUCUUAUAAAACCGUAA